GAAAGAACGGAACCGCAAAGGCGAAAGCUAUUCACAUCUAGGCUACAGCAGCUACUUCCUAGUGCGACAGAACUCCUCCGAUUUUCAUUACCAGGCGAUAUAGAGUGAAAUCCAUGUUACUCUGUUUCAGUUUCUGCACGACUUGUGCGAGCUGGCCCUUGAAAAUACACAAGGUAACUGCAGGUACACGCAAAGCCUGACCUACAAAGCAGCCCCGUCUUCUGUACUUCCCCGGACGUAAGGUUCUCCUUCAGAGCAGGCCAUGGCUUCACGUCAGCGUUUCUGGUGAGCCAUGGCAUGAGAUGGGUGCUGUUCUCGGGUGGAAUGGGGAUGGCUGAGAUCUUGUCGAUAAGGCGGUGUGAAGUGGUGACAUGAUUGGCGCAUCGACCUAAUAUGUCGUUGACCAACACGAAGACGGGAUUUUCUGUGAAGGACAUUCUGGACCUCCCUGAUACGAAUGAUGAAGACGGAUCUAUAACUGAGGACACAGAGGAGGAUACAGAGGGAUCCGAAGAAACAAAACCGACUGACGUGUUACAGCAAAGUCCCUUAGAAAAUGCUAAAAACCUGUCUGUAAAGAGUCCAUUUUAUAAUGUGCGUGAUAAUCCUUAUACAAGAUGGCUUGCCACAACGGACAGCUUUCAAUAUUCAUUGCAUGGUCUGUCAGCUAAUUCUCGCCAGGACUUGUCUGCCAAAUCACCCGAACCUUCCGCCGACGAAUCGCAAGACAAUGACAAAGAAACUUCAAGCAACGCCAGUGACUCCUGCAAGAAGAGAAAAAGGAGGGUUUUGUUCUCCAAAGCUCAGACAUACGAACUGGAGCGGCGAUUCAGGCAACAGAGAUACCUUUCGGCACCCGAGAGAGAACACCUUGCUAACUUGAUCCGUCUGACACCGACUCAGGUGAAAAUCUGGUUUCAGAACCAUCGCUAUAAAAUGAAGAGAGCUCGGGCGGAGAAAGGGAUGGAGAUGGUCCACCUCCCUUCCCCACGGCGUGUAGCUAUACCUGUCUUGGUCAAGGACGGUAAGCCUUGCCACUCCCAUAAAGCUCAGGACCUGACUUUUCAGACUGGGAUCCCGCUCUCAGCAUACAGUGCCCAUUCCCUCCAGCAUAUGCAAUAUAAUGCGCAUUACAGUUCUGCAACAAUGUCACACUUUCCCGCAGCGCAUCACUUGGUGCAGCAUUGGACUUGGUGAACUAUUGAGACAGCAAGGGGCCUGCGUCAAGGAAAAGAUACGGAGGAAAAGAAAGUAUUUGCAGUUUGAAGUUUGAAAAAUAUCAGCUACUUUAUUUAAAAGCUGAUAUUUACGCAACGUUUACAGAAUGUUCGUCGUAAAAAUCGGGUCAAGCCUAUCACUAAGAAUGUCAAUACUCGUGUAAUUUUUUGGUAAAUUAUGCUAAUGUAUUAUAGGUAGGCCUGUUUUCUUUAAUGUCACUCGUGUAUCAAGCACGCGCAACACUUUAAAAUUACAGCUAUUUUUCUUUUAUAUUGAACCUAAUUAUUUAUGGCCACGAAUAAACCCUGGCAAGUUUUAAAUUGU